AUGGAUAGAGGACAGUUGUUAUGGAUUCUGAACGUGAGCGGAAAGGUGAUUGUCUCCGCGAACGAAAAAUAUGAACGGGUUUGUGAGAUGGCUAUGGAAGUGAGGUAUGGUGUUGAAGGCGUCCGCAGUUUGGAUUGUUAUUUCUGCAGGUUAUGUUAUUCAGGUUUUUCUUUUACUGUUUAUGGUCUGGUUUUAGUACAGGGUAGCAGGGCUUGGCCUUAUUAUGCUUUCGUCAACAUCACAGUAAUUAGCACUGGCAAAAGGACAGGUAGCAGCUGCAAGAUGGACACCAAUGCCAUCUUGCUUUCUCAAACAGCUCCAAUCGUGAUUGCAUCAAUGUACUUGAGAAGGGGCUUGUUUAGCAUCAACUUGUAUAUGUUUAACAAAAACAUUGGACUCCCUACUGCACUCCCCAAACUGGGAAGCAUCCACUCCGUUUAUUUCAAUUUCUAA